CUAAGGGGCGGCGGGUUUUACUGUCCCUUCGAGUGAUGGGCUUGGCCGAGGAGGAGGGGCAGCAGCAGCAUCUGCAGGCAGCAGGGGGGGGAGCCGGUGUCGGUAGCUCCCGGAGGAUGCAGACCUGAGAGAGGCCGCCCAGUGUCCAGCCAUGACUGAGCGGAACAAGAUCCUGAAUAAGUGGAACGCAAGCUUCAGGAAGGGCACCGACUUCGACUCGUGGGGGCAGCUGGUGGAGGCCAUCGAUGAGUACCACAUAUUGGCGAGGCAGUUACAGAAGGAAGUUCAGUCCCCGGCCAAUUGCUCCGACUUCACUGAAGAUCACAAGAAAAUAAUCGGGAAAAUUGCAACAUGUCUAGAACUCCGCAGCGCCGCCCUGCAGUCCACGCAAUCUCAAGAAGGGUUCCAGCUGGAAGAUAUAAAGAAACUAGAGCCAAUUCUAGACAACCUUCUAACCUACAACAAAGAAUUCCCUUUUGAUGUACAACCUGUCCCUUUAAGGAGGAUUUUGGCACCAGGAGAAGAGGAGAAUCUGGAAGUGGAGGAGGAGGAAGAGGAUGGAGGUGCUGGGGUGGGCUCACCAGACUCUUUUCCUGCUCGUGUACCGGGAGCCAUUCAAGGAACUCUCCUACCCAGACUACCGUCCGAGCCGGGGAUGGCUCUGCUCACCAUACGGAUUGAAAAGAUUGGCUUGAAGGAUGCUGGCCAGUGUAUUGACCCGUAUAUAACGGUCAGCGUGAAGGAUAUAAAUGGUAUAGACUUGACCCCGGUACAAGACACUCCCAUGGCCUCCCGGAAAGAGGACACAUACGUUCAUUUUAAUGUGGAAAUCGAAGUUCAGAAACACAUUGAAAAACUCACAAAAGGGGCAGCUAUUUUCUUUGAGUUCAAGCACUACAAGCCGAAGAAGAGGUUUACAAGCACAAAGUGUUUUGCCUUCAUGGAGCUGGACGAGAUCAAACCAGGACAGAUAGUAAUAGAACUCUACAAGAAGCCGACGGACUUUAAGAGGAAGAAGCUGCAGCUGCUAACCAAGAAGCCUCUGUAUCUGCACUUACAUCAGACGUUACACAAAGACUGACCCCCUCCAGAGUCUUACAGCGACCUUUGCAGAAGACCCCCACGUCUUUCCGCAGAGAACGCCUCUGGGUCUGUGACACGGCCGGGACCCGCUGAAAGAGGAGGAACCGACAAGCUGACACUAAGAUGGUUCCGCCACAGUUCCGGAUUCUAUGCCACAGCAAUAAGACCUGUGCAAUGUCCACAUCAUCUUAACAUAGCGGGGAGACCGCCGUCCCCACAGAUCAGCGCAUUAAUGAACUUUUGUGACCGGGUCACUUCUGUAUAUAAUCGUCUAACACAAUAUAUGACUAUAACUCUAAUUGGAUUUCCAUACCCAACAAGACAAGUUCUGGAUGGAGGGCGAUUGACAUUAAUACAACCUGAAAUUUGGACAACAAAUUGCUCCACAUUUCAGCUCCAUCAGACCUGGCGGAACCUUGAAGGAUUUAUUCAUCUUCCGGCUGUGAUUAUGGAGUACACAGAGCUUGUUGUGUGAAAAGUCAGCU